AUGGCAGAGCUCGAAGGUAUUCGGUCUGGUCUUCGUGGCCUCUACCAGGACCUCUCUGCUGUCUCAGAUGGCCACCUCGACAAUGUCGAGCGACUGUGUUUCGAAUUAGAGACACACAUUCAAGACUUCCGCAAGCUCCUAGACAAGCCAGCAAAGAACAAUGCGAGUCGCCAAGCGGUUCUCUCUGGGAAGAUCACCGUUGCGGAGGUUGAAUACUCGGUCAAUACAGAUUUCCAGCAGGGUGCGCUGCAGCUCGCAGAUGCCUUGGAUCUCGAUGAGUUGCAAGCAGCAGAGAUAUUCCUGGUCGCUCAGGAAGAUUCGCAGACAAUGGACCGGCCUCCACUGAUUGCAGCCAUCAUAUCCUUCCACGAGCGCCGCCUGUUUACUCUCGAGUGCCUGCGCCUCAUUUUCAAAGAAUCGAACGAAAUUGAACAUGUAUCAACCCAAGGGAUCAUGCACGAAACCCUAUCCUACGUCCUCGAAAUCAAGAACAGCUCUUUACAAAACGCUUCUCUCUUUGCUCGAAAGGCUUUGAACUCCAUGGCCGACAUAGGGAAAUGGAUUACACUUCUAGGCGAUCAAGUUCAAAAGGCUACUCUCGUUGGUCAGGAUAACGAUCGUGAUGUCAUGGAAGCCAUUGAAUUUCAGCGUGUCAGCCUCCAACAACAGCACGAAUCGCUCGGGGCGGUCCUAUUCUACAUGUUCAAGGGCACCUACACCAGUCCUGAAGACUUCCGUGCUCUUAUUCAACAAUUGAAACCCCUGGACCGGUUUGACGGACAAUUAUUCAACUACAUCCCCGUCACAAUUGCUGCUUUUGUGCAACAUGGUUCCCCCGAGGGGUCCGGUUCCGAGAAAGUAGCCCGAGAUCUGAACAAACUGAUGGCGUCGCCCCAAGAGAGCCAGAGCUGGAAGCUACCAAACUUCCAUGCAUGCGUCAAUGCUUUGUGGCUCUCGGUUUACAGUGGAUGGUAUUUUGAUGGAAUGUCCUCUCCCUCGAUCGAUGCCGAGAAAGAAUCCGAGGAACGCACCAAAACUUUCAUGUCAUCCCUCGACGAUGGCGCUCUCGAUUUCAUGCUUGCCAUCUGCUCCACCGUCAAUAGCCAAGAAUGGGCGGAUCCUGCACGAAGUGAAUUAGUCACUUUGCUCCUUAGAGAGAGCGUUAUCUCAUUGCCUGAGUCUGAGCCCUGCUCCGUUUUCAUGAAACAGCUGUUGAUGGAAAAUUUUGAGGUGUUCGUGGAGUCCUGCGUCGCCAAUAUGCCUGAUGCAGUCCGACGGUUGAAGUCUGAAGAGGACUCACAACGUCUGGAGCAAAUAACUGCGCUUCGAGAUGGUCUCACUUCCAAUCUGCACCGUGGAUUGGUAGAAGCGCGUACUCAUCUCGAGUCUCUUCUUAUGGUCAUUACAUUUGCAUUCGAGCAUCGCGAAGAAGCUGCUCAAGAAUUCUGGGGGGAUCCAGAUGGCAACCUCCAUGGCUUCCUUCAGUGGGCAUCCAAGCGACAAACUGUUCCUCGGGUCAGCGCUUUCUGUGAAAUGCUGUGUUCCAUCUCUGAAGGCGAGGAGAAUGCAGCUGCGGCGCAUAAAUUCUUAACUGAGGAGGAUAAGUUUAUGUCUACCAAGUUCAAGCGAUCUACAACUAUGAACUGGUCGCAAAUGUUUGCCGAGCUCAAGCUCUAUGCAACACGCGUCAACGAAAAGCCUUCCACUGGAGCUGCAGCAGCUGCAGCACAGGGACCAGGCAUGUAUCACGGACGGAAACCAGAGCCCGUUGAGAUGAAUGAGCCUGAAAGUCCUGUCAUGCUGACCUGCUACCUUCGCUUAAUGGGUCAUCUUUGCAAGCAGAGCGAAGCUAUUCGCCAGUGGAUGUUGCAGCAUGAAUCUUUCAACGUGGUCAACACCCUGUUGGAUCUAUGCAGUGGAUCCAUUCCAUCACAUCUUCGUGCAACAACCUUUUCAACCCUCUCAGCACUUAUGACCCACAAAUCCUCCCUUGUUGGUAACGAAAUGUGGACACGCCUCGAUGCAUGGUUAUCAGGAGGAUCCAUGAACGCUGGAAUUGGAAAAUUGCCAUUGGUCUCCAACCCUGCCAUGUUGCAUCAGCAGCAGGCUUUCAAGACAAUCGGAGAAAGCUUCAACCAAACCAAUACUUUCGUCACUCUGAUCAACUCACUUGUAUCAAUUCCCUCGGAUUUGAUUGAUGAACCUAUGUCAUUGUCUUUCCCUGAGACUCUGGGAGGAACAUAUCGCAUGUCUGGAAUUGAGCCGUACAUUGACUUCGUCCUGGGACAUGCCUUUUCCCGCAAGAUUCAGGACCUCAAUGAAUACCAAUCUCGUCUUUUGACUUUCAACUGCCUCAACUUUGUGGUUGAAAGCCUGAGAUCGUUCAAUGAAGACCUUGUCUUGGUUUUGAGUCAGCCAUCCGUGUCCGAUUCUGCAGAGCAAACUUCUUCACUCCUCACUUAUGUUCGCUCUCACCCAUUCUCCCGCGUGCUGGACUGGCUUUUCAACGAAGACGUUCUCAAAGCACUAUUUGCAGUCUCCAAGCAGAACGUUACGGAGGUCGUUGCUGCGCCAGGUGAUUCCCUACUAGUUUUGACCUUGCUCCGCAGUUUGGAAGUCAUGAACCUGCUCGUUGACCUUCAGUCAACCUACUUCAACAUUGUCAAGCCGCUAGUACAAUCUCAGCCUGGGUUAUCUCGGACCUCUGUGGCAAAUUCCUCACUUGCUUCAUUUGAGGAUAGUGUGCUCAAUAAUCUUACACUGAUUCCAUCUCUGUGUAUCUAUUGUGGCACAGGACAUUUGGAACUCACGAUCACAUCGAUGGCUCUGCUAGAAAAACUGACAAGCUCUCGGAAGCUCAACAGGAUGAGUUCUCCAGAACUUACGAAGUGGCAAUCGUCCAACAAGAUCGUGGAGGUACUUGCAGCCGAAGUCGAUGUCGAUAGCAUAACCCUUCCCCUUGUUGGACAAAUGAAACCGGAUGUACGAGAAUUUGGUUUCGGCCCUCUGGCAUCCGGCUAUGUCAUUCGGAAAAAGCUUCUCGAUCUUUUGAACAGCUGCUUGGGGUCUAUCACCGAUCGCCCCUCGGUAGCUCAUCUUCUGCUAGGAUUCGAAUGUGUGGGUACCAUUCUUGAUGUGUCAGCGGAAGGGCUGUUUGCCAACCAAAUGUCUCUGUUGCAUGCCCUUAUCGGUUUCUUGAAGACGUAUCCCGAGGAGAUCAACGGAAGCAUUGUGUCUUGGGUGGUACAUUCGAAACGAGUGGCCUUUGAAGUCUUGAAACAUCUCUGGUCAUCAAAGUUAGCCAGCUUCUAUACCUUGGGUGAAAUGCGCGUCCAGGCCUUCCUCCGUGAUAUGUUUGCAACUCAACUGAUUGUCGGGCCCAACAUCUGUUGGGACGAAUUGACUGUGGACACUGAGGAGUUCUGGCUCACAGACUCUGCAAGUGCAAUGGCAGAGUUCCUACUUUACCGAAGCCACCUGUUCAAUUAUGCCGCAAGUGAGGUUCGUUCGACGGCACAAGCUCGAUCACCUGCUUUACAUACUCAAAUUCUGUCAAUCUUGCUUGGAAACGCUGUUACAGAGAGCGGCGCGCAAACUUCCAGUCCCUCCGUUUUCGAUCUGUUUGAUUUCGCGGAUCUCGAUGUUGGGCGUGAGUUCAACACACCCAACCUCUCUUUGCUGCACAACGUUUUGUUGCAGAUUGAGCAGAAGCAACAAGAUGGUGCGUGCGACCCGGAAGAGGUCGAUGGAAUGAUUCAGAUGCGACGGGCAGAAAUAGCAGCCUAUGGAGGUCUCCGGGCACACGAAGAAGAGCACUUGAUUGCUGAGGCCCACAGUUUGAAGCUGUACGUCCUCGCAACAAGACAAAAACGAGUCAUUCAAGAGAACCGAUAUCUCGCCCUCCGGUCUUGGGUAGAACUUGUUGGCACAAUAAUCACUUGCUCUGCCCUUGAUGAAGAAAGCAAACCUGCCUUCAUUCUUCAUACCAUCCAAUUGAUCACCCCCAAGCUUACUACAUCGAUCGAAGCCGAGCUUCCCGAUGCGCUUGAGUUGGCACGACUUGCCGAAUUGUUGAUCGGCGGCCUUGCAUCUGGUGCAUCGGGAGCAUCUCGGAGCGGAGAUGUGAUCGAUGAAAAGUUGCACCAGCUUUUCCAACUCUGCGUCCGAGGCAUGAACUUGGCCACAGGAAGCGUGCUUUUGAGAGAAACCCUCUACGGUAUCUGCUCUCAUUACAUCACUCGCAUCACAUCUUCAAAUAAGACUCAUGAAAACCUUCGACGUUUGAGCCAGCAAGUCGUCAAGUCGUCUGGAUCAGUCCUCAUUGAGACCAUUUGUGAUGACGCGUAUACUGGCCAAGAAUCUUGCCGUGCAUCUGCUCUUGUGUUGUUGAACAAUCUGGCUGUCUUGGAUCGCCAAACUGAUUGUGUUUUGGCGGAGUCUAUCUCCCGUGCCAACUACCUGAGUCUUUUCCUGGAUGCCCUACGAUCUCUCCCUCUUGAACUUUACAAUGCUCAAGAAAGCGAUACCCCAGCACUGCUGACAUACUACGAAUCGCUAUUGUCUCUACUCCAGCGACUGUCGCAAACGAAGAAUGGGGCAAAUUGCGUUCUCAGCUCUGGCCUGUUCCAGGCCGUUCACGAAUCGCGUCUCUUUGCUGCGGAUCCCGACAUAGGCAUAGAUAUUGAGAACCCUGACGCGCUUCAAAGAUACUAUGACCUUCUCUUAUCGGUGAUUCGACUCAUCGUAUAUGCAGUUUUCUCCCGUGGAAUCGACAAUGAGCAAAUUAAGGAGCAGACCCGGGGAUUCUUGGCUGAAAACCGGGCCUGUAUGGUUGGAAUCUUCAAACGAUCCGCCAAGAUCGGAAACACAUCUUCUGCACACCAAGCGACUCUUCACGAGCUGGUUAAGGCAUUCAUGUCUCUGGUAGCUGCCACAGACUUCAUGGAGUUUGAGGAUCUGGAAGUGCGAGAUACUAUUCGGCCAUCUAUGUUCUCAUGA